AUGGAUCAAGGAAACCCCCAAGGCGAAUUGAACUGGCGCCUCAGUGCCCACCCGAUCACGCUACUUGUCUUCUUGGGCAUUCGGAUCGGCGCGCUAAUGAUGUACCUGUUUGGUCUCCUCUUCAUCGAUGACUUUAUCCUCGUCUUCAUCUUCACGCUUCUCCUUCUCUCCGCGGACUUCUACUACCUGAAGAACAUUGCUGGACGCCGACUGGUCGGUCUCCGCUGGUGGAACGAAGUGGACACGACAUCCGGCGACUCGCACUGGGUCUUUGAGUCUUCCGACCCCAAUGUCCGCACCGUCACAGCCACCGAUAAGCGUUUCUUCUGGUUGAGCUUGUACGUCACACCAGCUCUGUGGGUGGGUCUUGCGAUUCUCGCCAUCGUGAGACUGGUGAGCGUGAUCUGGCUGAGUCUGAUUGUUAUUGCCUUGAUCCUGACAAUCACCAACACCAUGGCUUUCUCUCGCUGUGACAAGUUUGGUCAGGCCUCGAACUACGCCAACUCGGCUCUGGGUGGUGGUAUCGUCAACAACAUCGCUGGUGGCCUGCUGGGCAGGCUAUUCCGGUAA